UUUCGCUGUUACACUGGCCUGUCAGUAACCAUCAUGGCCACGGGUUUUAUGCUAAAUCGUGGUGCGCUGACAUUAGGAAUUCAUUGUCAGAAUGUGUGUAGAAAUAUCUCACUAACGCAGGUUAGAGAGAAAAAGCGAUGGAUGAAAGCGUACACGUAUCUUAUGGCAAAGAAGUUGAAACUGGAGGGACCUCCGCCACCAAAACCACGCUCACAGGAGCCCAACUGGGAUUAUCAUGCUGAGGUUCAGGCUUUCAGCGUCCGCCUACAAGAGAACUUUUCCAUGGAUCUGCUAAAAACAGCCUUUGUGAAUCCCUGUUACCUCCAGGCGGAGAUGGCCAGGAGACAGGAGUUGGGCAUGGACUCUGAGACCACUGCACUCCUUCUGAAAGAUAAUGUUCAGCUCAGUGCAAAGGGAGAAACUUUGACCAAAGGCUUUGUCACUGACUGGUGCAGGGUCAGCUUCCCAAGCCUUCCAAAUGAGGGCAUGGAGAGUAUUGUAGGGCACCUCACCAGUUUGGGAACUGUGACCUAUGUAGCAAGAAAUCUUGGCAUGGAAGAUCUAACCAUGAGUGCUGAAUUUCCCAUCCCAGAUGAUGUUCUUUAUUCUACAUUUAUGGCUGUAAUUGGAGCACUACAGGAAAGCAGCGGAGCAGAGAAAACAGGUUUUUUCCUCAGGGAUUUCCUGGUUACCCAGUUGAUUGGAAAAGACCUAUUUGAUCUGUGGACAGUGGUUAACCCCAUGGGGCUACUGAUGGAGGAGCUUUCUAAAAGAAAUGUUCCUCUACCAGAGCCACGCCUCAUCAGGUCCGCUGGUGCCAGCACCGUCCUUCCAUUAUAUUUUGUAGGGUUAUACAGUGAUAAGAAGCUUUUGGCUCAGGGUCCAGGAGAAACAGUUGCAGAUGCAGAAGAAGAGGCAGCUCGUGUGGCCUUACGGAAACUCUAUGGCUUCUCUGAGAACCGCAGACCUUUAAACUUCUCUCCUCAACAGCAGCAACAACAGCCAUUAAUUCAGUCUGCCAGCAGCAAUUAAAUGACAAUUACUGUAUUGUCCUGCCAUAAAAAAUGUGAAAGGAUUCAGCAUGCCUGUAAAGUGGCAUGAAUUUACUUAAGACAGGAUUUAACUUUAUCCAUGUUGAUGCAUAGAGACUGAAGGAAUGAAAAUUAUAUGUUAUUUUGGUCUAGAGAUCAACUCACUAGCGAUUUAUUACAAUUGCUCCAAAAUCCAAUUUGAGAAUAUAUUUGAUGAGAGGGAUUUACAUUUUUCUUGCAACUUAUGGUUGUUAUUUAGGCCACUUGUACAUAACAGUCCAAUAAGAUCAGUCAUCUCUGUAAAUAAUGUGGUUACAUUUGUAUUCCAUUGUAUUAUGUUAUAUGAAAUAAAAAAAAUAUAUGUA